UCCCGCUUCUCUCUCUUCUCAGUCUCCAUUUAUCACUCAAAAUUGAAUGAUAGCAUGCAAUGAGAGCUUCGUGAAGCUGAAGAUGCUCUGAGGAUUCCAACGUUCUCCAGAGACAAUGAAGGCCACUCGCAAACUCAACAAACCCGACCCAGUCUCAAAGCUGGUUUUGGAGGAGGUGAUUGGGUUGACAACAAAGAAUAGCAAUGGGUUAGCUUCAAAUGCCUUGAGCUCCAAAUGUGCUUAUUUGGCAGGUUCCGUGGUGGUGAUAUAUGACAUGAAUUUGGGCUCUCAGUCACACCUCAUGGUGUCUAAUAGAAUGCCAAAGCCUUUGAGCUGCGUAGCUUUGUCACGAGAUGGGCACUUUGUUGCCGCUGGAGAGGCAGGAAACCAGUCAUCAGUACUAGUGUGGGAUUCUUUUACUUUAUCUGUUGUCUCUGAAUUGAAAGGCCAUAUAUAUGGAGCUACAUGCAUCUGUUUCUCACCGAAUGGUAAACAUCUGGUGUCUGUUGGAGGAUAUAUUUACCUUUGGAACUGGCGGAGUGGUGAGCUGAUAACAAAGCUUCAAGCAACUUCUUGUUCUACAAUUUCAAGUAUUAGCUUCUCAUCAGAUGCAAAAUUUUUUGUAACUUCUGGGAAGAAGCACCUGAAAUUCUGGUUACUUGGAUCUUCUAGAAAGACUCAACUAUAUGAAGGGAUGAGAAAGAGUACAUCAUUAGCAAUACAUGAAAAGCCUACCAAUCUUUCUAUUCAUAAAGCAAGCUCUGUUACAUCUAUCAGUUCUGUGUGGUGUUGUAAUGGCUAUGAUAAUUGUAAAAAAGCUGGUGAUUGCUUUCCCAUAUAUACAUUGACUGAUUCAGGCAUUUUAUACCUUAUUAAUUCUGGGAUGUCGGUUGAAAAGUCUGUGACCUUGAAAGUUCGAAAAGCUUUUGCAUUAUCAACAUCAGCAAAGCUAAUUGCGUGUGCAUGCAAUAAUGGAACAGUCCAAUUAUUCACCCCCAUCUCUCUAGAAUACGUGGGUAGUAUAUUGUAUUCAAAGAAAAAAAAGUUACUUAAAGGAAGCAAUUUAGUUAGUCACACUAUAGUUCCAGAGCAGGCUUCUGAACAGUUACUUGCCCUGCCUGAUGCAAUUGCCUGUCAGUUUUCGGCCUUAGAAAAGAUUGUUGUUGUUUACGGAGAUCAUAGUCUCUACAUCUAUGACAUCCAUGAUGUGAAUCAGGUCACAAAGUGUUAUGUGCUUGUUUCACAUUCCUCAUGCAUAUGGGAUAUCAAGAAUCUAUGUUGUGAAAACAUGCAUGAUCCAUCUCUUGCAUGCACUGCUAGAGGUUGUCUGGGGGGGAUUUCUUUUGCAACUUGUUCUACUGAUGGUACAAUCAGGAUCUGGGAUAUUGCUUUGCAAUCUGAUUUUUCAAAUGAUGCUGAAGAUUUGAAGACUGAACUAUUGAGUUCUUCAUUUUUAGUAACUGCUGGGACAUUUGAACGUGAUGCAGUUAAGGUACAUGUUACAAAUGGAGAGUUUCGGUCACUUGCUGUUAGUUCAGAUGGAAAUUAUCUCGCUGCUGGUGAUUCCAAAGGGAACAUUCAUAUAUACAACCUUCAAACAUCGGAUUACACAUGUUUCCAGGGUGCUCAUGAUGGGGAGAUUCUUACAUUAAGCUUCACCUUGUCCACCCAAGAUAAGGAAAUUGUGAAAAACAAUUAUUUUCUUGCUUCAGGGGGACGAGAUUGUAUGAUCCAUCUCUAUGAUGUGAAAAGAAAUUUUGAUCUUAUUGACAGCAUUGAUGACCAUUCGGCUGCAGUGACUUCUAUCAAAAUUAGCAGCAAUGGUUGCAGGAUCCUCAGUUGUAGUGCUGACAGUUUCCUGGUUCUUCGAGAUGUGGUAAUAGCAGAUGAUGGUUAUAAGAUUUUGCAACAACAUCGCCAAAAGGCUUUACAACGUGGAACUGUCUAUGACAUGGCUGUGGAUGCGACAUGUGAGACUGUUGUCACUGUUGGGCAGGAUAAGAAAAUAAAGACGUUUGACAUGGCUGCUCAGAAACUAAUUAGGUCGCACAACCACGAUAAAAAUUUUGGUGAACCUAUAAAGGUUAUAAUGGACCCAAGCUGCAGUUACGUGGUCUGCUCAUUCUCUAACAAGUCCAUAAUGCAUAUAUGACUUGAUCACAGGGAAGAUGGCUUCGAAGGCAGCAGGGCAUGCUGAAAUUGUUACUGGUGUCAUCUUUUUACCUGAUUGCAAGCAUAUAGUUUCGGUGGAUGGUACGGGUUGUGUUUUUGUGUGGAAAUUGCCUGCUUCAUUGUCUUCUAGAAUAUUGGAGAGAGUAAUGGAAAGAAACAAUCCAUUGUCUCCAAGAAGCUCUAGUCAGCC